UUCUUUUCUCUUGCAGCGAGAAAUCUGUAAAUGGGAUUAAAAGUGAUUGACAGAAGCAAUGAGCCCGGGGCGGGCGGCUGGCCGCGCAUGCGUUCUGCAGGCUCAGGUGCGAGUUACGAUUCUGGUUGUAGAUGUGGGGCCGCUGUGUUAUGAGAUUCACAAGACGGUUGUUUGGUGGUGGGACUCUACCCUCUUAUUUAGUGAUGGCUGUUCUAAUCGUUCUUAUUGUGGGAGCUGUCUUGACCACCUUAUUGCCCAAAGUUGUGGAAAGUGGAGCUACUGUGGUCCGUAGAGAGCAGGACGUGCACAGAAUCGACACUCGUAAUUCAUUCACCAUCGUGAUGCAGACUUACAACAGGACGGACCUGCUUCUUAAACUGCUGAAUCAUUAUCAGGCCAUUCCAAACCUGCAUAAGAUCGUUGUCGUUUGGAACAGCGUUGGAAUAAAACCUCCAAAAGAUUUAUGGGAUUCACUGGGGCCACAUCCUAUCCCAGUUAUUUUUAAGGAGCAGAUGGUGAAUAGAAUGCGAAAUCGACUGGAGCCGUUUCCUGAACUGGAAACCAAAGCUGUUUUGAUGGUUGAUGACGAUAUUUUAAUUAGUGCCUAUGACCUUGAUUUCGCCUUUUCUGUGUGGCAGCAAUUCCCAGAUCAAAUAGUGGGCUUUGUUCCUCGAAAGCACGUCACAACUUCUUCAGGAGUUUAUAGUUAUGGCAGUUUUGAGCUCCAGAAUGCAGCAGGUAGAAUUGGUGACUACUAUUCCAUGGUGCUAAUUGGAGCUGCAUUUUUCCAUGCUGGUUAUCUUGAGAAAUUUAAAGUCCAGCUCCCAGCUGUCCACAAUUUAAUAGACAAAACACAAAAUUGUGAUGAUAUUGCCAUGAACUUCAUAGUUGCAAAGUACACUGGGAAGCCAUCAGGAGUGUUUGUGAAGCCAGUGGACAUGAGGAAUCUGGAGAAAGAUUCCAAUAGUGGUUUCAGUGGGAUGUGGCACCGUGCAGAGCAUCUGCUCCAACGAUCAUGGUGUUUGAAUCAGCUGGCUGCUAUCUAUGGCAGCAUGCCUUUGAAAUAUUCCAAUAUCAUGAUCUCACAGUUUGGGUUUCCUAACUAUGCAAAUCACAAAGAAAAAAGCUGAAGCAUAGUUUUGAACAACUGCUAGUGCAUCAGUUGUGAUUACAAAUAUUAUGCAGCGCGGUGGAGAAAGGACACAAACAUUGGCCUCUGAAUUUUGAAAGCAAUGAUGCUUUUCCUCUGCUUGUCCAGUGGAGAGAGAUGCACUAGGAGUGAAUAUUUUGUUUCCACAUUUAAUGUGCAGGUGACAUUAUUGGGACAGAUGCUGUAUUGUGUUACUCUGUAGAUUUUACAACUACUAUAAGCCUACCUGUAACUGUCCUGCAGAUGCUUUAAUUGUGAGCAUUUUGCUAUUUUAACAACUAUCUUUAUCCUUUCUGUCUGAGGCAGUCAUGGUCUUAUGGAGUUUAAAACAGCUAUUGCAGUUAGCGCGUGGAGCAGCCAAUUUUGUAUUGCUACAGUAACAGCAUCUUUACCAAUCAUUGAUGGACUGUUCUACCCAUUGUUGAAAUACUUUGAAUGGUUAUACGUGUAAUUGCUCUGCUUCUUUGGAUCUGCUUUAUUUCACUUGUGUCUUGUAAUUUUUAAAAUAUGUAAUAUUGUUGACUUGAACAUUAUAUAUUCUCAGGACACUAUCAUGAGUAUACAUUUAGUGAAUUAAUAAAUCUUGCAUAAUGCAGGUAUAUAUCUUCUCUCUUUCUAUUUUUCCACUUUUUUACUCUCUCCUCAUUCACCCUAUCCUAUGCUCCAUUUCUCAUAUCUGUUGCCUCCAUAUUGUUUAGAAGAAGGAAUUCUGUUUUGAAAUUAUUCUCAAUGAUUUCUUUUCCCCUUUAUCAGUCCUGAAGUCUUCUAACUGUUUUCCUUAGUCAUUGGCUGUCAGUGCUGUUGUGGUGCAACUUUGAAAAAGCUAAGAACAAUUUCACUUUAUUGGUAAAAUCUAGCAAUCUUCAUGUAAUCCUUCUAUUAGUGUGUAUUUCUUUUCCUUGAUAAAUCUACCAAGGGAUACCAGAAAAGAACUGUAGGUGGUAGUAUACCCAUGCAAAUAAAGCCCUUAUCUUGGAUAGCAGUGGUCACAGUUCUGGGAGGUUCUCUUACAGAAAAACUGUGUGAAUAUCUGUAGUGAAUACUUCAAAUGGUAUGUAUGCAAGUUCAAAGUAAAUUUAUUA